AUGGGUGUCGUCGGCCAAGAGAAGAUUGUCGUCACGGUCAAGACUACUGUCGAAGCAGCGACGACUGUCUAUGAAACGCCUACUAUCCCCAGUCCGGCAUCCUAUACCUCGCUUUCAGAUUUCAAAGAAAUCGUUCUGCAGGUCAGCAACAACUAUCGCGGGAGCCACGAAGCGGAAGAAGUAGUAUGGAACGAGACGCUAGUGAAAUACGCUCAAAGUUGGGCGGAGACUUGUAUCUGGAAACACUCGGAUGGUCCUUAUGGUGAAAACCUCGCAUAUGGAUACCCCAAUGCAUCUGCUGCAGUGGAAGCUUGGGGAGAUGAGGGCAAACUAUACAACUUCAAGAAACCAACUGGGUACACUGAGGCGACAGGCCACUUCACACAACUGGUGUGGAGGUCUACAGAAGAGGUCGGAUGUGCAGCUGUGAACUGUGGAUAUACUGAGGACCUUUCAAAAGUCCGAAGAGAUGGAGACGAUCUGGUCUCAAGGACGGAUACGGACGAUAGCUCGAGGGCGCAGGGCUGGUAUGUUGUGUGUGAAUACACGCCGCCGGGAAAUGUGGUUGGAGACCAUGAUGAAUACUUCAAGAAGAAUGUACGGCCGAGCAUUUCGUCAAAGACAAACUCAAGCGCAUCAACCUCCGGAUCACCGUCAACCACUGGAGCGGCAUCUACAACCACGAGUCAACCAAGCGGAGGUGCAAAUAUGCAGAAUAGUGUCGAAUCGACUGUGGGAAUGAUGAUUCUAGCCCUUGGGGUGGUAGGGGUGGGUAUGAGCCUGUACACAUAA